AUGUUCACCAUGAAAACGCUGAUGCGUCGAAGAUCGACCAGUAUUUUCAACAACAAAACGAUACUUUUGGCAAUUUUAGAGCUAUUGUUGGUUGUGGAUUUCUUAAGACGAUGGACAAGUAGAAGCGAUGAUGGUGACACUGAUUAUGACCCUUAUCAAACCACUUUUGGUAAGGAAAACUUUUAUAUAAAUACUGAGUGAGUACGGUAUAGAGAAGGAGUAGCACAUUGGGGGCAGGGCCUGUAGGGCAGGUGGGAUAGUAGGAGUAUGGUCAAUAAAAUGGUUACUGCAUUAAAAGUAAGAUAGGGUCAGUAGGGUAGGCAGUGCAGUAAAAAUAUGGCAAGUAAGGUACAGUAGUAGUACCAUUGUUAAGAUUGGUAGUUCAUUAAGAGUAUGGUAAGGUGGUAGGGUAUGAUAAGGUAGGGUAGAGUAGGGUAGGGUAGGAUAACAAAUUCUUUGCAAUUUAAAAUCUUGUUAUAGUAGGAGACGACUGCUCGAUAAGGCGAACCGACAGUGUUCGACAGCGUUCCGGUCGAUAUUGUAAUGCUCAAUGUAUACCUUGGAAUGAGACCCUAGCGAUGAAUGAAGACGUGUUGCCAGAAGAGAGGCAUUUCGAAGGGAUUUGCCAAGGUUUAGAUGCCAAAAACUGUGUUCAGCCGUUUAAAACCAUCGAAUCCGACUUUCAGUACUAUUGGGUAGGGUAUUAUUGUUAUACACUGUAACUUUUUUAGUUUUUUAAGAAACUUUUUUAUACAAGGUAAGGUACUGUAGGAUAUGAUACGGUAGGGUACAAUAGGGUAUGAUAGGGUACGGUAGGGUAUGGUGGGGCACGGUAGAGUACAGUAAAGUACAAUGGGGUACAGUAGUGUACGGUAUUUUUGGUUAAAUAAAAUGACACUUUCAGACCCUAAAACCUCAAAAAAUAAUGAUGUGCACCAUCCCCAAGACCAGCUCUCAGCUAAUGACAGCUAUUAUGUGUUUGCUAAAUGAUCCUCUAGGAUUCUUCUACGAAGGUCAUCAAAUGUUUGGAGAUUAUUAUGGACCGUAAGUUGUGAUAGCGGAUCUGUCACGUAAGGUUUUUUGUUUAGGGUUUUGAUAGAUUUUUAGUAGUGUAAGUUUUCUAGUUUUUUCUGUUAAUUUUAUUGUACCGUAGCCUACUGUAGCUGCACUUACCGUUUGUUAGUAAUUGCUAAUUGAAAACCACUCAAUUUAAAUAAAGAUACCGUAAAAAUUGGUGUCAUGUAUGAGAUAUUUUUUUGGGAGGAAGAGGGGGGGGGGGAAAGGUAAACAAAACAUUUUUUUUUAAAUUUGAAAAUGUGCUAUUUUUUUUAAAUGUGUUUUAUUAUUUUUUUCUACUUUACCCUGCUUUGUCCUACAUUGAGUUACACUACUUUAUCUGUUUUUACGCCUAUAUUGCUUAACUCUACUAUGCUUACCCUAUAUUGAUCUACCUUUUCCUACUUGCCUCUACAGCCAACCUUACCUUAUGUUUUUUUAUUCUAUUUUACUUUAUCCUCAUCUUGCCUUACUUUAUCUUGUUUUACCUUACCUUGCUUUACCAUACCUUGCUUUACUAUACCGUGUUAUAGUGUAUCUUAUUUUUUUACCUUAAUUUAUCUCAUUUUGAUCUGCCUUAUCUUGUUCUACCCUUUCUUGCUUCAUCCUAUCUUGCUCUACCUUAUCUUGUCCUAACCUAUCUUGUUUCACCAUAUCUUGUUUUGCUUUAUUCUACCCUAUUCUUGCCAUAAUUUGUUUUUUCUUCUUUUUCUUUCUAUCUAUUUUUUACCCAAAUUUAAAAAAAAAUUUUUUGCAAUUUUUAACCGAAUUAUUUUUUAAUUAACAAUAUUAAUCUUACUAAAAUUUUAUUUUUUAGCGCUUGCUCCAAGCACCGAGUAAAAGACCUCAAUCAUGCCGUCCGUCUCCAUGGUCCAGAAGUUGCUAACUGGACUAAAAUUACCGUAGUCCGAGAGCCUGUGGACCGGUUUUUAAGUGGUUUUGUUUUUGCUUGUGUACGUGGCGUGGACUUUGAAACAAACUGCACGAGAUACUGUCACGGGUGUGGUGCCAACUUGACAUGUUUCGUUGAAAAAGAGUACGAAGAAAUGAUGCGCUUAAGUAAUGGUCAACAAACUACGGUCGAUUUCCUGUCACAUCAUCAAUACCCACAAACGUGGCGUUGUGGCAUGGAUAAGUAUUUGAAGGUAGGGUAG